AUGCGAUCCGCUUUACGCCACGUAGUCGACUGGCACGGACACGUCCACUUGCCCCACGAUGAAUUCUAUCAAUUUUCUCAUUUCAUCAAUUUCCCAUAUUCCAUUCGAUACCGCGUUUUUUCUUAUUAUCUGGUCAAGCACUCACUAUUCAACACCUCGCAAUACAGCUGGAGUGUUUAUUUAUUUAUAAACGAUCGUCUGUGCGCGAAUAUAAGGCAAGUCAACGUCAACAACAAGAAAAUGGGACAAAUUAGCCUGAGAACGUAUAGACUAUUUCUAACAAGGAAGCACACUGACAUGUCCUGGCAUUCUUCCUCAAAUGAAACCUGA